AUGUCAAUCCUGGAGGCUGACAUCGAAUUCUAUGGAAGGAGCAUGGACAUACACGAACUAUCAGACGACAUUUGGGCUGAUCACGAUGUGCUGGGCAAGAAUUGGCAUCCUCUUCAUCGCAUUCCCCCGAAGCCCGCGAAUGAGGAUGAGAGGCUGAAGGUCCUGUACGAUCAGGAUCUACUCGAUACUCCCAACGACAGUCUGAUGGACACGGUGGUAGAAAUAGCCCGCAAGACGUUUGGUGUAAAGAUGGCUUUCAUCUCGUUGGUGGAUCAGAACAGGUGCUGGUUCAAGGCCAAGGCGGGAACUUCUCUGCGACAGAUGGAUCGAGACAUCUCGUUGUGUGCAUACACCAUCUUGCAAGAGGAUUCGUCCCUAUGGAUCAGCGAUACCAUGACCGACGAGCGGUUCAAGUACAACAACAUCGUGCAUGGGGAUCCUUACAUUCGCUUCUAUGUCGGAGCUCCCUUGUCGGUGAUGCGAGGAGGAACCUCGCACGCGAUCGGAUGCCUUUGUGUUGCGGACACAAUCCCACGAGAUGGGCCCCGGUUGGACGACAUGCUCCUGCUUGAGACUCUUGCGCUCGGUAUCGUCCGCUACAUAGAAGUCCGUCCUCACCUGUCGCGAACCAAUAGUCGGGAUACUUCGGAUGUUCCUCAGAAGGAAGGAAAGCGAGGCUCGUCUGUCUCACAACAGGUGGUGUCGGAAUUCUUCUCCCUCGCAGGGGUGGACGUGGAUGUCGAAGUCGUCAGGCUUCUAGCGGGGAAGAUGGUUCCGAGGACCGUACAGUCGGGGAACUUCCUGACGAGAAAGGGAGAUCAGGGCAACUCCAUGUACUUUGUUGUUAGCGGGGCAUGUUCGUGCCAACUGAAUGGCUUGGAGGUCCCAACCUUGUGGGGUGUGCUGGAGGACAUCAGCCAGAUCAGGUCGGAGAGAGCGAGGAAGCAUGCGGCUCCUGUGAGCUCUCGUCUACUCUGA